GCAGUAGCAUGGUUAAGGUUGAUGGGUAUGGUAAAGUAAUUGUCAAAUGGUUGCUUGAUGAAAUAUCCCAAAGUGAAAAGGAGGCUGAUAGGUCCUUGAUGCAUCUAUAUCUUUUACAAGUAAUGCCAUUUUGGAAACGUCGUGACAAUGUCUCAGCAUCUUAUAACAAUUGAGAUCUUAGGGUCUUGCUGAUCUGUUUCUUUACCUUGAUUUUAUUGCUAAAUGUGCUUGCUCACAUACUCAACUGUCACAGGUUCAAUAUUGCAAAGGAGUUGCUUUAAAGCUGAAGGACAUAUAGGGCUUAUUGGUAUAUUAGUCUGGAUGAGGUUCAUCAUAUGCAGGCAUCUUACAUGCAACAGGAACUAUAAUAAAACGUUUUUGAACCAGCUAAAUGACCGAGAGAUUGUGAGGCUAAUAAUGGCAUUUGUUGGUCGCGGAGGUCAAGGUGAUGCUGGGCAGAGAAUUUGUGAUGAAAUACUAAUGAUUCAGGUACGUCAAAUUUGUCUUACAGAAAUGGCUUGUGCAUCGACUUGCAAAACUAAUUCUGCUGCUUGUACAUUAGAGAAAUAUUGAUUGCAAAAGCGGAUAAACAUACCAGAUUCAUAUGUAAUUAGCUUUUGUUUCUAAGUUCCUCUUAUCAAAGUUUUAGGAGGCUAAAGACAAAAAAAAAAAAAUUGCAAUAACCUCUACAGGUUACAGGUUACAGGUUACAGGUUAUGCAAGCAAGCAAGCAAAUAUGAAUAUACUUUAAGCCGUUUAUCAUUUUUCGUUCUAACUCAAAUGGUGAAGACUUUGAGGGAUCUGCAGGGGCCGGGCUUUAUGAUAGGUUUGUUCUGAACUGAAUGUUGGACUAUGCUUUGCAAAGAACAAAAGGAUUAUAAAGUUGAUUCUUUGUAUUCAUGGACUGGCAUGUUCAAUAUUGGAGAAUUACCUCCUUAGGUCUUACAUCCAGAGGAUUUUCCAAACAAAGUUAUUCUAGCCAACAAACCAAUCCAUCAUGUUAGCGAAAGGGGUGAUCUUGAUUGUAUAUUAUUGAUUAGGGAUCCAUUUGGAUAUAUGCUUGGAUGAAAACGCAGCGGUGGCAGGAAGCUUAUCAAAUUUUCCUUGACCUAGGCUUUGUUAUGCUUUUGCUUCACAUGUUUUCUUUCAAAAAAAAAAAGUGCCUUCUAAUUCGCAUUUCUUAGAUAUCUCAGUGUACUUAUGGAUGAUGAGGAAAGCCCGGUUUUGGAUUACUCUAGCAAUCCAAUGACAGUUGACAAAGCUUUCCAGACUUGGGAAAAUUAUAGAAACCCUUAUGGUUGUCCCCAGGACAGUGAAGGAGUAAAAGAUGGAAUGAUAUAUGUGGUUCAGGCAAGACGACAGAUCUGAUAUUCAUGAGCAUCCUGUAAUCAAUCCCCCAACUUUGUUAUAGCAUCUAUCAAAUUGAACUUCACAAGCUGAUGUAAAGUCAUGAAAUUCUAAUCCAACCAGGAUGACAUGUUACUCCUUGAUUUGUUUUCAGCAUCUUUUAAAUGUAUUCAGUUUUUUGCCAUUUUUAUCAGUAAACAUAUAUAUUGAUUUCCAUAAAUCUAUGGAAUUUGAGAUGAUCA